AUGAUAGACUCUGGUGUAUUUUAUUGGUCCUUUAAUAAAGUUGCGGCGGGAAAUAAAAGUGUUUACGUGUCUUUGAAAAUUCUCAAUUCCAGAUCCAACUGGGUCAAUAUGAAUGAACAAUGGGAUCAGUAUGGUGGAAAUCCAGAUCAUUGGCAGCGUUAUAGUUCCGCACCACUAGGGCAUUGCGGAUGGGGUGGUCCAGAUCCAUCAUGGUAUCCAAAGCCACAAUGGCCACAUUUUCAACAGGGUGUACGAAUGCAUGGCGGUCAACCUGAAUAUCCAUACCAUCCUCCUUCGGAAGCGGUAGAUUCUUAUCGCCAUGGAAAUUAUAAUAAUCAUCCUCCAUAUGGUUACCCUGGACACCAUGGAGCAUUCCCGAUUCAACAGUUUUCGUUUGGACCUGAGACUUAUCGUGCACCGAGACCUCAUUAUGAUUACCAAGUUCCUGGUGGUUCUGAACUAGGAGAAGCUGAUAUCGAACAAAGUGAGAAAAAUUUGGCUGCUCAGCAUGAGUCGUUGCUUGCUCGUCAAAACGUUGAAAUUCUCGAGCUCUUAGACAAAAAGAGAGAGGAAAAUGUUAGGAAAACCGGAGAGCAAUUGAACAUGUCUUGGGAACAGAUGAAUGAAAUGAUCCAACCACUCAUUGAAGCCUGUACAAAAGAAAAUAUAUCUAAAGGAAAAUCUUGGGUUGUUGACAAAAUGUCUGAGUCACCUGAGCUAACUAAGCUAAUGUCUGAUUAUCUAAUAACACGUGCAAGUGCUAUUAGUGUUACAUUUGACUUAAGGCUCCACUUGGUAUACUUGUUAAACGACCUACUUCAUCAUUCUAAACGUCGUGGUGCUCCUGUUCAUCUGCAAGAAGCUUUACACGAAACAGUGCCGGUAAUUUUCUGCCUAGCGACUGAGAUUGCAGAUGAUGAACAAAGAGCCAAAAUUAAUCGUGUUUUAAGCUUGUGGGAAACCAACUCUUAUUUGCCAGUCGAAGUUUUGGUAAAGAUGCGACCUCCAGAAUCAGGUAAAUUCUUAGCGGAAUGGAAAGAAAGUCAGUCAAAGCCGUUUGAAAGUGAAAUAGACAAAAUAAAAGCAAAUAUUAUGAAUCAAUACACUAGUCUUGAGCGACAACAUCAAGAGUUUGCAGAUCAUGUACUACGACAGUUAGCUUCGUCACAUUCCGAUAAGUCUGAUGAAGCAUCUAUCUCUGAUAAUCAUCAUUCCCAAUAUGGAUCAUCUCAUCAUCCUAUGCAGAAUGUUGAUCCAAACUUUACGUACUGGGGUCCACCACCACAGACUACUGGAGGAUUCGAUAUGCUUCCACAGGAUAUGAUGAGCGGGUCAGAUCCAAGAGAUAUGCAACGUCGAAUGCCUGGUUAUCCCCCACCUUCACAAAUGUCAGGGUAUACAGGACCUGGUGGUGGUGGGGCAAGUUAUCCUCCUCAAAUGGGUUGGCCUCCUGGGCAGCAUGAUUCUGCAAAAUGGAAUCAAUCUGUACCUAACUACAACUCUCAACCUGGACACAAAAAUUUUGGUGGUCAUGAGUUAAGCAGCAAUGUAUAUAUUGAAGGUGAAGAACCAGAAGAUGAACAAUCUGUGUAUCCUAAUUCGUCUUAUGAAUGCGGAUCUUAUGGAGGUUAUUAUAAUCAUAACAAUAACGAUUAUCGACAGUAUGAAGACUCUUCUCAUGGUGUUCGAAAUACACGAGACAAUCAAAAUAAUCGUGAUGAGAAACCUCGAACAUUUCGCGGUAGUCGUCCUUCACGAUUUUCCUCUGCUCCAUCUCAUCCUGAGACAGGUAAUGAAAAGAAAAUUGAUCGUAGUGAUACUGGAAAAAAUACUGUCAGUAUGGAACAGCAACACAUAACACCUAAGACUGAUCUAGAAAUGCCAAAAAAUUCAGAAAAUUCUAUGAUACCGGUUGUUGAAUCUUAUGACAUAAAUCAAAAAUUCCCCGCUUGGCAAUUACCUGCAGGAUUAGUACAUCCAUUAAUUCGAUUAAAAGAUUUUGAUUUUACUCCACUGAAUGAAAACAAUUUGCAAUUAUUACCUCCAACAACACCGUCUGAACGUUUGCUUAUGGCAUUGGAGAAUUUUUACAUGCCACCCACCCCAGAUAAACCACGUGACGGCGAAGGUUGGGAACACAUGGCUCUUCAUGAAUUUUAUACGAAAAAAGAACGCGCUCGUCCUUCUGAGCAUAAAGAAAACGAUAGAGACAACACAUCUACCAGUAAAGCAAAGUCAAAUCGACGCCGUCAACAUAGUGGAGGUAGUUAUGCAAGUAGUCAUUCAGAAUAUGAUUUCACAAAUGAAUUAGUUCCAGACCUUCAACAUGACACAGUGGUUGACGUUGAAAAGCCGUUUUCACGUGACAAUUCAGAUAAGGAAGGUCCCCUUGGGCCAUCACAAUUAUCAUAUAUAACAUCUUAUCCCAAACUUGCAGUAGGUCAACCUCUCAGAACUGGCCUUGAAGCACUGACCUUGGCCCCUCCUCCUAUGCAGUGUAUGCAAGGACAGCUAACACAUAAUUAUAGUGCUUAUAAAACAGCUGGUAUUCAACCGGGUAUUCCCAUACCUGUCCCUCCAUUACCAGGUUUACUAGGUGCCAUUCCACCUGGACCAAGUGGAUUCCCUAAUACAAGCUUUCUACAAUUUCCUCCUCCGGUCAAUCAGCCACCACCAACCCUUCCACUGCCUCAAGGUUUGAUUCAAAGGCCCCCACCAGGAUUUUCUGUUGACCGUUUUGAAUCUCGUGGGUCGCGAUCUCGUUCUAGAUCUGAUUCACGUUCAAAGUCUCAUUCUCAUUCUGCGGAUUCACGUUCUCGUGACUUUCGUUCUCGUUCACGAUCACAAUCUAGAUCUCAUAGUUCUCAAAGUAGAUCUCAGUCACGCUCUGAUUCUCGUGAUUCUCGUUCCAAAUCUGUGUCACCUAAUAAUGAUGAUGAAACUGGUAGCAACCAGUCACGUGGCCUUUCAAGAGAUCGAAGACGUAACAGAUCACGUUCACGAAGCUCAGGUUCACCGUUUGCUCGAUUCACUUCAGCUCCUGGACCUGGUGGUUUAGGAGCAGCCGGUGGAGGCGGUAGCGGUGGGAAUAUAAAUGCUGCUCGUGCUGCUGCAAUAGCAGCUGCGGUUUCCAUAGCUAAUUCAAUCAACGCACAAUCUGGCUGGUCCAAUAACAAUGUUAGUAAUAGUAACAAUACUAGUAAUAAUAUACCCACUAACGCAUUUAACAACCAAGGCUUUAGCGGGCCUGGUCUUUUACCAGGUGGUCCGUACGCAGACACCAAUAGAAUAACCUACUAUGGCGGCGGAUUUCAACCUAACCAGGGACAACACAAUCGUGGCGGUGGUGUUGGCGGCGGCGGUUCACGUGGUGGUUACAAUUCCAAUAAUUUACCAGGGCGAGGAGGCGGUAAUAUGCGGUAUCAUGGGUCGGACGAUCGCUUUUAUCCACCUCCACGCGAUCACCAACGUCGUCUUUCCUUAAUCUGCGAUACAUCUGAUUACACUAAGUCAAAUUAUGGUAAAAAAGCCGAACAACAGGGUCAGUUUAAAACUGACCUAGUUUUAUGCUGUGGUGAUUUUCAAGCUGUUCGCAAUCCCAGUGAUUUAACCACAAUGAGCGUUCCUUCCAAGUAUUACCGCAUGGGUGAUUUUUGGAGGUAUUAUGCUGAAGAAAGUAGAGCUCCUGUUUUGACAUUAUUUGUUGGAGGUAAUCAUGAAGCAUCUGGUUAUCUUCAAGAGUUACCAUAUGGUGGUUGGGUUGCUCCAAACAUCUGGUAUAUGGGUUAUGCUAGUGUUGUCCAAUUUGCUGGAUUACGUAUUGCUGGUUUAUCAGGUAUAUACAAACAACAUGAUUAUACCAUGUGUCAUUAUGAACAUCCACCAUACUCAGAAGCAACAAAACGUUCUGUAUAUCAUUUAAGAAACUUAGAAGUUUUCCGACUUGGACAAAUUCGCCGACGUUUAGAUAUAGUGAUGAGUCAUGAUUGGCCUCGAGGGAUAUAUCAUUACGGAAAUUUAAAUCAAUUAACCAGAAGGAAACCUCAUUUUCGUAAUGAAAUCGAGUCAGAUUCAUUAGGCAGUCCACCCGGUGAACAGUUGUUAUGUCGUUUAAAGCCACGGUAUUGGUUUGCAGCUCAUUUGCAUUGUAAAUUUUCAGCGCUUGUUGGACAUUCAGACUCUAAAACUAAUAAAUCACGCAUCACUCACUUUCUAGCUCUUGAUAAGUGUUUACCGAAUCGUCACUAUUUACAAUUCUUAGAUAUUGAACCUGAACUGAAGUAUGAUGAAAGUUCAAUUAAUUUCGAUUCUAAUUUAUCUUUAUCUCCACAACUUGGAGAUGAUCCAGUAAUUGUCAGUCUUUCUAAAUUCAAAUUAAACGUCAACGAUUCAGAAAAAGACUUAAAAUUGAAGGAGCCUAAUAACAAUGCUAGUUCAAACGAUGAAAUAAAUACCAACUUAUAUCUUGAUCCCGAAUGGUUAUCUAUUUUGAGGUCAACAAAUCAUUUAAUGUCUACUAGCAAAGUCCCCUGUAUUCUUCCAGAAAAAGAAACAAGCGAACGCUGUGAUUUUUCCGCUACUGAUGAUGAAAUUCAGGCUUUGUAUGACCCUUUUGGUGGAGAUUUUCAAGUUCCUGACAACUUUGAACGUACUGCUGCAAUUCACAAACCGAAUGAAACUGAUCAUAUGAAUACAAAGACUACGUCUACGCCAAUUAGUUUGGUUCAACAAGCAAAUGCUUUAAAUAAAGAACAACGACUUUUUUCAAAUCCACAAACAGAACUUAUUUGUGCUAUGCUUGAUUUAAUAAACCCUAAUGCACUCUUUCUUGGCAAACAAUCAUACAGUUUACUAGAAUUAUCAGCACAGUUACAAUCUAAGAAGGAUGAAGAGGAGGAUGACGAUGAAGUUGAGGAAAAUCCAGAAGAAAAUAUUUGUGAAGAUGAUGUGAAAAAUGACGAAAAUCAACUUGAUGUUAAUGAAUAUCCAUUAGAUGUAAACACUAGCUGGAUCACUUCAGACUCAUUCGUCAAAGAGAGUUUUACAGAGUAUGAUCCGAUGAAUAGCACUUUUGUAUCAAAUACUAACCAAUCUAGUCAUAAUCCACUUAGCAAUACAAAUCUUUAUGAUAGUGUUGUAAGUCAAAAUCCUGAAGAAUUGGUAUUAGAUGAUAUUGAAGAUAAUGAUGAUGAGUUUCCCAAUGAGUCUCACUCUUUAAAUGUCUCUCAAUACAACGCUAGUUAUUCUCAGUUCACAGAUUCAAAUAAAUCAGAGCAAGUGUACAUUCCGCAACUUUUGCCUGAUUCCUAA